ACAACUUGGAAUCUCGGAUCGCAAACAAGUUACUGCCGCAAUGCGUCAACUACGAACAUUUGGAAUUGUUUCGACUGCCUUUUCCAUAUUGUUGUGCAGCUGUUUUGCCAAUCCAAAGGCAUACGUUAGUGACUUUGUGUUUCCCACUGAGGAUGAGCACAGCAAUCAAAAGGAGCAGGUCUCAACUGACCAAACAACCGAAUCCGCUGAUAACAAUGGACAACGGGGCGUAUGGGUAACGAGCGAUAUUAAAAGUCAGAAUAAGUGCCCCGACUUUCAUCUCGACGAUUCCCAUGGAUAUGUUCGUUUGAUUUUUAUCAGUUACAACAAAGUGAACGAUCCUCUGGAGAGUUUGAAUAAGGCAUUAAUUGGGGAACUCAAUCUACCGGAACUAGUAAAUAGCCUCAGAGUUGUUAAUCGCGGACGAAGACGCCUAAUUUUUGAACUGCCAAGUGCCAUAGAUGCCUUUCUUACUCUGAAUAGUUAUUGUAAAUUAUAUCAUGACCGGCAUGAUCUCACAUAUGAAAUCUUUAAUGUGGAGGGUUGUUAAGAAAUAAAAGACUUAAAUGUGA